CCUGCGCAGCGUGAACGUAAAUCCAUCGCUCGACAUUACGGUUCUUUUGUGACAUAAAGAAUACUUUCAUAUUUCUGUGUAUUGUAAUAUAACAAUAAAAUGCAAUAAAUGUCGCUCAUAAUAAAGAUUCAUUAAAAUUAUUCUGAUGCAUCUUCGAUUUUGCACAAAAGAUUAUUUUAAUUGACUGUCAACGACUAAGGAGUACUUUUUGUUCAUUCUUCUUGACGCUACAUCCGUUAAACUUUUAAAUUACAGAGCAUACGCUGUCGGAAGCUUUUCGAAAAUUCACGCGUGAUUUUCGGUGUUUUGUUAACUGGCUAUACAAGUUAUCGUUUAAAGGUUCUGAUUAUUUUAAGUGAGCGAAGAUGUCGGAUAAAAUCUAUUAUUCGGGUAAAUAUUACGACGAUAAAUACGAAUACAGGCAUGUAGUGCUACCAAAAGAGAUGGUAAAAUUAGUACCGAGCACUCGACUCCUUCGAGAACAGGAAUGGAGAGCUAUGGGUGUUCAACAGAGUCAAGGAUGGGUACAUUAUAUGAUUCAUAAACCAGAACCACAUAUUUUAUUAUUUAAAAGAAAAAUAACAUCACCACCACCAGAGAAUUAAUCGUAUCAACAUGAUUAUAUAGAUUUGUAAAUAACGCUUCAGAUCAUUGUUAAUACUCAUACCAAACCUCAGCUAUAAUGACAAUUCAUUUUCCAUUGGUUUCAAGGGACUAAUGUUAAAUAUCAUACUGAAACAAAUCUUUUCAAAUUUUUACUUCAAAAUUGACUGAUUCCAGAAGUUGUGACAAUAUUUUUAUAAAAUUCUUUGUCAUAAUACGAGGAUAAUAUUUCUGUUUUCAUUAUUUACUUUAACAAAAUCGUUUAUAAAUAUCAUCAAAAUGUUCUGUAUAUAUGUCUAUAGGAUGUCCUAGUUUUUAACUGCAGUUUAUAUUGUUCAUAACUCUAGAAUUACCAUAACAACUUGGUAUUUCGUUUAAUUUAACCGAAGUAGAAAUGUGCCACUCUUGAUUUUCUGAAAUAUCACAGUUCCAAAGCAGAAUCGCCUUCUGUUAAGAAUUUACUGAAUAAGGAAAAUCGUUUAUAAUUUGUGAUUAUCGAGUGCCUUGCACUAAUGUGCUUAACAUUUAAGGUAUACUUUAGUAUUACAUUUAGAAUAAUCAUUCCUUAUGUAUAACAAGAAUGAUGUAGUAUAAAAUAGUGCCUUUAAAUUCUAAGUUCAUCAACAGCAUAUAUAUUAAUUUGAUACGUCAUUAUCAUUAAUUAAGCGUUAAAUUCCGUGUUUAUUGUCUACUUUGCUACAAGAAUUUUAUAUUAAUGAUAUGUUUAAUUUAAGUUCUACUCCCUCAUUGUAUGUUCUGCAAUGCUAUUUUAUCAGUAUUUUCCAAAGUUAAUUUCUAUGUCCUAGUAGUACACAAUUUUCAUUUAUUUUUAGUAAAUAAAACUUGUAUUGUCAGUUCUUAAAUAAACAUACGUGGCUAACACUUUUGACUUUUAUUUUAUUUUUCUUAUAGAAUAUUUUGUACAUCAUAUAUAACUGAUUGAAACAAACCUGAAUGUAAAUGAAGCUUCUACGACUUUAGUAACAUCGGUGUAUUUCUCUUUCGCGUGACGAAAAAAUUGUGAAACAAAUUUAGCCGAAUAUGCGAGAAAGAAGGGGCAGAAUAAUUAAAAGAAUCACGUGACUGACCUCAAUCCAAUUAUACAAACAUCAGCCCUAGCGGUCAAGUAAUUCUCACACUAAUUUUUGUAAAUUGUACAUUAAUUAAAUCAUCGUUUAUGAACUGACGUAUGGUGCGUGUACAUUUCGUUUCACUUUUAUUACAUAAUUUCGUUACCGUUUGUAUCUUGUAACAAGGAAACAAGUUCCGUUAAGAAUUUUAAUUAACCUCAAUUGAUAAAACAAAUUUCGUUAAAAUUAUACAAAAAUUUACAUAUGUAAGAAUUACAGAAUAUUAUCUGUGAGUUGAAUAAAAAUGCGCAUGUUUUAUAUAAUAAAUCUAUUUGAAGCACUGGAUAACUAAAUGGUUCAUUAGUAACACAACAUAAUCUUAUCAUUGAUAAUUUUCUCCGAAAAUAAUUAUUUCGCAAUAGUUUUAAUGUAUCGUAUUCAGCUUCAGCAGAAUAUACAGACAAAGAAGGCGAUAGCCCAGGGCAUAGUAGUAAAAUAGUACACGGAUUAGAGGACCUAUAAAUGCAUAAAUUCUUACAGAAAAACGACAGAAACAACUGUAUACAGUGGAUGCUGUGUUCUUACAGUCCAAAAGUAUAAAUGUUAAUUAAAUGUGACUCGUAUACCAUUGGUCAUAGCUGUCUUAAAAAACAGAAUAUAAUUUUUUUGAAUAUCUUGUGUUUCCUAUAUUUAUAGAAGUGUCACUUAAGAAAUUAUGAAUGAGGAUAAAAAAAUAGUUCUUUGUUCCAUCGUAUACUGGUUGUUUAUACGGUACUGAAGCCAUUCAUUCAAGUUUUCUCGAAUACAUGUUGAUCUCCGUACGCGCGGUUUCGUAAACCGCGUGUAUGUAAUGCGCGCGCAAGCACGUGUCAUUAUAAGAUCUAUGGCUACAUGUGCUAAAGGUACAUCAGCAAAACGCCGAGGAGGGAGAACGUGUAUCGAGAGUUUGGCGAAAGGGAACAAAAAAACACGAUGGGGGCACAGAAAGAAAUAGAAUACUGGCGAAAAAGGUGGCGGAGAGGGAGGGAUAUAGUUGAUCUCUGACGUACACAUAUUGCAUCCACGCGACGAAGGGCCUACGUUCUCAUGGAUUAACCGGCACUCCACGAGUACGCAGCGCGCCGGCAGUACGACGAUUGCGCUCGCGGGAAGAACGACUUUUCGCGCUCUCUAAAUCGAAACGUGUUCAGCAUCCAAAUUUAAAAAUUAGCACGCAAGCAACGUGAUUCGGUUAAAGUGGAAUCGAAUCAUUGUUGCGUGUAAAGCUUCUUCCAACAACGAUCUAUCGUAACUAUAUCCAAACUUGCGGGUAAGUUGACUCUUUCACUUUUCAUCUUUGACAAACGACCAGGAAUCAUAUUUGGUUUUCGUAAAUAUUCAAACAACAAUUUUCGGGAUCUGAAAUGUAGACGCUAAUAAACUGCAGUAAUGUUAUUUGAACCAAUCGAUUGUAACAACAUUUAAAUAAAUUUUACUUGUUGGUACGGAGCCAGCUUCUUUUUAUUCGUGUUGAAUUAUAAAUUGUUCUCUUUGUUCCAUUGAUAGCUCUGACGAGAUUUAUUAUUGCAUGUUGAUAGACUUUUUUUGCUGUCUAUCAUGCUGAUGCUGAGGAGGGCUGAACGCUUUAAUGUACCUCGUAUUACCACGUGCUUUCAAGUUGUCUUCACGAAAUUACGACUGAUGCGUUUUUCUGAGAAUCUCCGCCAAAGAAAACUUUUAAGCAUCGAGUCGCAUUAAUGUUCUUGACAUGCUUAAUGUUAUUGACUACCAUAUUUUGGUUGAUGUAGUUGAUGUCAUUCUCUAGAUUGGUCUAUCUUUUUUUAUACAGACAUUUCAUAAUUUCAUCUAUAGAUGUAUGUGUCGGCUCUAAACGUUGCACAAUAGUUCAUUGUUACCGAACAAACAAUCGUUAGAAUUCAUUUGAAAUUUUUGAAACACCGCGCGAGCCUUAUCGAGUAGCCACUUUUCCUUCGAACAGGAAUGGCACAUGUUAACUCUCGUUUGGCGAUUUCGUUUGUGUACGCCAAGAGGUACUUGUAAAGCGAACUUUCCCAGUGUUGAUACGAUAUCGCUUUCGACAUCUCACCUUACAUUUCUCUGUUCCUUUUGCUUUCCAUUUUUGGCGCGUGAAAAUCUGCGACAGAACAACAGAAUUAGUACAUAGGUAUUUCUGCGGGAGGCAAUUUUGUUGGUGGAUGAAACGCAAAGGCAGAUUUCCAGGACAGUACGAACCGGUUAAUACCAGUUCCUGCAAGAUAUACGUGCAUGUGUAAACACAGUGCAGUAAGAAAAAUCCUCCCGUAAAUAAAUAUUUUUAUUCAGUACUUAAUUAUUUGUUAACUGAAUGAGUUAUAUACCUUGUAUACGUGUUUCUCGCCCUUUAAUUACUUUUAAUACACCGUAAUGAAAUUGUUGCAGUUUUCAUGAUUCGAAACCGGAUGUUGUCUGAAUUAGGGAAUGAAUACGAACCUAACACCACGUACUUUCAUGACUAAUUGAAACUGUCAGAACCGGGCGUAUGCUUAACGAGAGACGCUACGAGCGAUGCACAAAACCUGCAAUUACCAUUUAUAAAUAUUUCAUAUGAUUUAUGUUAUAUAACAGAUUGAUAUUACGCAUUGUUGUGCGAUUAAUUAGUAUGCAGGAUCAAUGAGUCUCGCAGACUCAGCUUACAGAAUGUUUUUCCUUCUCGAUUUUGCAAUAAUGUAGAUAAAUACACGCUUUGUAUUUACAUUCCGACGAGAAAACAUCUUACGAGGCUUACGAUCAAGGCUGCCUUAUGUCUCGAAUAUUUAUAUAAUUUACAUUAUUUCCUUUUUUUAAUCAUCUCGUAUAAGUGAUGUGACUUGCAACAAACGAUCUGUAGAUCUCGAUCUGUUUAAAUUAGAUGUACGAAUCAUUUAUUGUAUACAGAAAAUAUGUCGAAAAAAAUGAUAUGCAAAUACAUGAGUCUUGAUGCUACAAUUA